AUGGCGGCAGGCGUAGCAGCAUGGUUGCCCUUUGCCAGGGCAGCUGCCAUAGGAUGGAUGCCAGUGGCCAACUGCCCUAUGCCAUUGGCCCCAACUGAGAAAAACAAGAGGCAGGAUGAGCUGAUCAUUCUGAAUGUGAGUGGGAGGCGCUUCCAGACCUGGAGGACUACACUGGAGAGGUAUCCGGACACGCUCCUGGGCAGCACAGAAAAGGAGUUCUUCUUCAAUGAAGACACCAAGGAAUACUUUUUUGACCGGGACCCUGAAGUCUUUAGGUGCAUUUUAAACUUUUACAGAACUGGCAAGUUGCAUUACCCAAGGUAUGAGUGCAUCUCUGCCUAUGACGAGGAGCUUGCCUUCUAUGGGAUCCUACCUGAAAUCAUUGGGGACUGCUGCUAUGAAGAGUACAAAGACAGGAAGCGGGAAAACGCUGAGCGGCUGAUGGAUGACAAUGACUCAGAGAACAACCAAGAAGGGUCCAUGCCGUCUUUGAACCUCCGGCAGACCAUGUGGCGAGCCUUCGAAAACCCCCACACCAGCACCUUAGCCUUAGUGUUCUACUACGUCACUGGCUUCUUUAUUGCGGUCUCAGUGAUCACUAACGUGGUGGAAACUGUUCCAUGUGGCACAGUGCCUGGGAACAAGGAGCUUCCAUGUGGGGAGAGGUACGCCGUGGCUUUCUUCUGCUUGGACACAGCUUGCGUUAUGAUUUUCACUGUCGAGUACCUUAUGAGGCUCUUUGCAGCCCCGAGUCGCUACAGGUUCAUGAGGAGUGUCAUGAGCAUCAUCGAUGUGGUGGCCAUCAUGCCCUAUUACAUUGGCUUGGUGAUGACCAACAAUGAGGACGUCAGCGGAGCCUUUGUAACACUAAGGGUUUUCAGGGUUUUCAGGAUUUUCAAGUUCUCACGCCAUUCCCAAGGCUUAAGAAUCCUGGGCUACACGCUGAAGAGCUGUGCCUCGGAGCUUGGCUUUCUUCUCUUUUCCCUCACUAUGGCAAUCAUCAUCUUUGCUACUGUGAUGUUUUAUGCAGAGAAAGGGUCUUCAGCCAGCAAAUUCACCAGCAUACCAGCUUCUUUUUGGUACACUAUUGUAACCAUGACAACCCUUGGUUAUGGUGACAUGGUGCCCAAGACGAUUGCUGGAAAGAUAUUUGGCUCCAUUUGCUCGCUGAGCGGAGUGCUGGUCAUUGCUCUGCCUGUCCCAGUUAUUGUUUCCAAUUUCAGCCGAAUUUAUCAUCAGAAUCAGAGAGCUGACAAGCGAAGAGCACAAAAGAAAGCCCGGCUUGCACGGAUACGAGUGGCCAAAACAGGCAGUUCCAGUGCUUAUCUUCACAGCAAACGCAACGGCCUGCUGAACGCAGCCUUGGAGCUGACGGGAUCUAGUGAUGAUGAGCAGCACAUCAGCAAAUCCACCUCGCUGAUCGAAAGCCAACAUCACCACCUGCUGCACUGCCUGGAAAAAACAACUGGAUUGUCCUAUCUUGUGGAUGAUCCCCUGUUAUCUGUACGAACUUCCACCAUCAAGAACCAUGAGUUCAUAGAUGAGCAGCUGUUUGAGCAGAACUGCAUGGAUAACUCAAUGCAGAAUUACCCCUCCACUCGCAGCCCCUCAUUGUCGAGUAACAAUGGCGGGUCCACCUCCUGUUGUUCUCGACGCAACAAGAAGACGACUCAUCUUCCCAACUCCAACGUGCCAGCCACUCGCCUGCGGAGCAUGCAGGAGCUAAGCACGAUACACAUCCAAUGCAGCGAACAGCCAUCACUUACAACAAGUCGUUCCAGUCUCAAUAUGAAAUCAGACGACGGGCUGAGACCGAACUGCAAAACCUCCCACCUCACGACAGCCAUCAUCACUAUUCCUACCCCACCGGCACUGACACCAGAAGGAGAGAGCGGCCCUCACCCCACUACGAACAUUUCCACCACAUGCAGCAACAUAGUCAAGGUCUCUGCCUUGUAA